AUGGACCGUGUCCGCAGACUCAUCGCCGAACCGCCGGCCUACGAGCCGCUAGAAGACUCCGCGGAGGACGAUGGCGAUCACCAUGACUCGCGACGACCUCCCCGCUUCUCCGGGCUGGAGUAUAGCAUUUUCUUCCUCCUUGGAGUGGCUAUGCUAUGGGCUUGGAACAUGUUCCUAGCCGCAGCACCCUACUUCCACAGCCGUUUCGAAUCAAGUGAAUGGGUCGCAGCACAUUACCAGUCCUCGAUUCUCUCCGUUUCGACAGUCACAAACCUUGGAAGCGCAUACAUCCUCGCCCGAGUACAGAAGAAUGCCUCCUACCCGUGGCGCAUCACGCUCUCGCUGCUUAUAAACUGCGCCGUUUUCACACUACUGGCUUUUUCGACGAUCGCGAUGAAUGACAUAUCGGUGGGCGGGUACUUUGCCUUCUUGAUGAUUAUGGUGUCUGCUGCGAGCUUUGCCACGGGUCUCAUCCAGAAUGGCGUUUUUGCGUACGUUGCGGGCUUUGGCAGGGAAGAGUAUAUGCAGGCGAUUAUGAGUGGGCAGGGUGUUGCCGGCGUUUUGCCGUGCAUUGCACAGAUUGUUUCCGUUCUGUUGGUGCCGAGUAAGGCGAGCACCGACGAUCGGCCCCAGUCAUCUUCGAAAUCGGCCUUUAUCUACUUCCUCACUGCUACGGGCGUCUCCGUCAUUACCUUGCUAGCUUUCCUUCAUCUUCUCAGGCGCCGCCCUGGUACGCAAUUGAAAUCCUCGGAUGAAGACGAAGACGAUCUCGAUGACCGGGCACACGAUAAGUCGGUCAGUUUGUGGACAUUGUUCAAGAAGUUGCGAUAUCUGGCCAUUUCCGUCUUCUUGUGCUUCACAGUCACGAUGAUGUUCUUCCCGGUCUUUACUACGGAGAUCAUGUCUGUCAAUGACUCGGCGAAGUCUCGAAUGUACGAUCCGUCUGUCUUCAUCCCACUUGCGUUCCUGCUCUGGAAUGUGGGAGAUCUUGGUGGGAGAAUGGCUGUGGCUAUUCCCCGAUUAUCUCUCGCCCAUCGCCCGUGGAUGGCGUUUGUGUUUGCCAUUGCACGUAUCGGUUUCGUUCCUCUCUAUCUACUGUGCAACAUCAACGGCCGAGGAGCUGUGGUGCAGAGUGACUUCUUCUAUCUCUUCAUCGUGCAGUUGUUAUUCGGUGCGACCAAUGGAUACUUGGCAUCUAGUUGCAUGAUGGGUGCGAGCUACUGGGUUUCGGAGGAUGAAAGAGAGGUCGCGGGUGGGUUCAUGGGAUUGAUGCUUGUGGGUGGAUUGGCUGCUGGCAGUUUAUUGAGUUUCCUUGUCGCCAGCUGA